UCUUACUUCCUCGAGCUGCAGAUAAUCUACGAUGCAGGAUCCUCAUACAGCGCUUAUACGGUGUUUAGUGUUUGAUAAAGAGUUCAUUAUCCAGGGUCAAGCCCAUGGCAGUCACGACAUGGAGGUUUGAGUAAAGAUGCAGUUUAGUACCAUUAUUGAAACAAAAAACGCAGAACAGUCAGCAAUUGUUUCUAGUAGCGCGUAAAGCAAGCCAUUUGAAGUAAAUAGUAAAAAAUCAAUAUAAUUUGGGGGUUAGGCUGAGUUAUUGAGUGUUGUGAUGUUGAUUAGGUAUGCGAGUGUAAGAAGGGAAGGGGCGAAAUCCGUACGUACUAAGUCGUACAGUUGAAGGUUAGAAUAGUUAACUGGAGGUAUGAAAAAAAUAAAAAAGAGAGAGAGAUUUGGGAGAGAAAAAAGAGCAUGGGACUACGAGAGAGUAACUUAGAGCAAAUGAAAAUGAAAGAAAGAAAGGGAAAGAGGAAAAGAGAAAGAGAGAAAAAAAGGGUUGAGAGAAGAGAGUGCGUCUUGUAUUUGCGGCGGAAAGAGAGAACAUGAAAGCGAGGGAACCAGAAAGAGAGAAAGCCUACUGUCUCAUCGAUAGCCGAAAGUUGUGCUGAGUUGUAAUCAUUCAAACAGAUAAAUUGGACAGACGAGCAGGCACUGAAAGCGAAAUGAUAUUUGAUGAAGUGCUAAGAGAUUGUCCUUGCUUUAACUCCUUCUACUAGCACCAGCAGUAUCUCGGUAGCUUCAAUAUAACUCAUCUAUCAAUAUUUUUUCUUACAAGUUCUAUGAAUAAUUCGCAAUUAUGAUGGUGUUUUGUGCGGGGAGUACAGUUGGAAGGAUCAAAAGCGUUCAAGGUCGCUCGUAAAUGCUCGCUCCUUCAGAAUCGACUCAAAGAUUUUCAAGAGGAUUUUGUCUCGGCAAGUUUAGCCAGAAGGAGUUUGUGGUCGAAAAUUGCUUCUCACAGUGUCAUGUACAGCUGUAACAUAAAAUUGUAGACAUGUACAGCAAAUGGACGUUUUUGUCGAUCUAGUGAUGAAAGUGGAUCAAUUUACUAGCAUAGCCAACCAUACAUUUGGAUCACAUUGGACAUUUGGCUGGGAAAACACAUGUUUUCUAUUCAUGGUAUAGGGUUGCCACUGCUGCGGUAAUCAUUUGUGAGCUUACAUACAUCAAAACCCGGUGCGUCCCGUACGGCUUUGGUACGCUGCUCUAGAUUCUAACGGGUGACCACCUCGCAGCGACAUCCAACGCAUUCGACCAGUAUUACUCGGGCUCUCUACUUUAUCAGACCCCAAGGACUCGUAGAUCGACUACAUAAUGAAUUUAUCCUCCUGCUUCCGCGGAUCAUGCCAGUGGAUCCUGGUACUGCUGGUUGUCGAAGCAACUGUGAUACGACCGGUUUAUGGUAUUAUUGAUCGUUUGGUGGUACAAACUAGUAGCGGUCCGAUCCGCGGUCGCUCGACCAUGGUACAGGGUCGUGAAGUUCAUGUCUUCAACGGUGUUCCAUUCGCUAAGCCGCCGGUCGAUAACCUACGAUUCCGGAAGCCAGUACCGGCGGAACCUUGGCACGGCGUGUUCGAUGCGACUAGACUACCUCCAUCUUGCAUACAGGAACGGUAUGAGUAUUUCCCAGGCUUCGCGGGCGAAGAGAUGUGGAAUCCCAAUACCAAUGUGUCGGAAGAUUGCCUCUACUUGAAUAUCUGGGUUCCGACCAAAACUCGGUUGCGUCAUGGUCGAGGCCUCAAUUUUGGCAGUAACGACUAUUUUCAGGAUGAUGAAGACUUCCAACGACAGCAUCAAUCGAAAGGUGGACUGGCGAUGCUGGUAUGGAUUUACGGUGGCGGUUUUAUGAGCGGCACCUCAACGUUGGAUAUCUACAACGCCGAGAUACUCGCCGCUGUUGGCAAUGUGAUCGUUGCGUCUAUGCAAUAUCGUGUCGGUGCAUUCGGUUUUCUCUAUCUCGCUCCCUAUCUGAAUGGCAUGGAGGAGGAGGCACCUGGCAAUAUGGGCAUGUGGGACCAAGCACUGGCAAUACGAUGGUUGAAGGAGAAUGCGAAAGCGUUCGGUGGUGAUCCAGAUUUAAUCACAUUGUUCGGUGAAUCAGCCGGCGGUAGCUCAGUCAGUCUACACCUGCUCUCUCCGGUUACGCAGGGCAUGUCUACCCGCGGCAUUCUGCAAUCAGGUACACUGAACGCCCCAUGGAGUCACAUGACUGCCGAAAAGGCGCUGCAAGUGGCAGAAGGGCUGAUUGACGAUUGUAAUUGCAACCUCACCAUGCUAAAGGAAUCACCACACACCGUAAUGCAGUGCAUGAGGAAUGUCGACGCGAAAACAAUCUCGGUGCAACAGUGGAAUUCAUAUUCAGGCAUCUUGGGAUUCCCAUCCGCCCCGACGAUCGACGGAGUGUUCAUGACGGCUGAUCCGAUGACCAUGCUUCGCGAAGCCAAUCUUGAGGGCAUCGACAUUCUAGUUGGCAGCAAUCGUGACGAAGGCACGUACU